UAUCGUGGAGUGUUAAUGCCGAUAGACGACGAUAAGAUCGAAUUGCAUUAUAUCUACCGGGCAGUGAUUCGAUUCUAUUCGUCGUCGUCGUCGUCAUCAUCGUCGUCGUCGUCGUACGUCGUCGUCGUGUCGUUGUACAGCUUGUUUGAAAAUCUCUUAGCGAUUAUAAUAUCGACGGUCGUAGCGUCGAGUAAAAAAACAGAACAAAAAAUGGCGGAUACGAGUCAGCAGGAACUUUCGGAACCUCAUACAAACGGGGCAAUGGACGGGCUUACGGAGGAAGAAAAAAGCAAAAUAAGGCCCGCGGACAUUGAUGCUGAUAUGAGAGAAAUGGAGAGAAGAAAGAGAGUCGAAAUGAUGAUGAAUUCGCGAUUAUUCAGGGAAGAAUUGGAACGUAUAAUUGAGACGCAAAUGAAAGACGGCGCUGGACCAUCCGGUUUAUUACAACAGAUCUCUGAUAUGAUGGGUGCUCAAGGAGCACGUUUCAAUGGAAAUGUAUUUAAAAAUUCGAAUUGCGUGGUGCCUAUAAAUGAUAUUCGCGGUGUCGAAAGCAUGGGCUAUGCCAAAGGUGAAAAACUGUUGCGUUGUAAACUCGCCGCUGUAUUCAGAUUACUCGAUUUAUACGGAUGGACGCAAAAUGUUGGUGGUCAAAUGACGGCACGUUUGAAUCAGGAUCAAGAACAUUUUUUGGUUAAUCCUUAUGGAUUGCUCUAUCAUGAAAUAACGGCUUCUAGUUUGAUUAAGGUCGACAUGCAAGGUUCCGUAGUGGAACAAGGAACAACAAAUUUUGGUAUACACAUUACCGGAUUUCAAUUACAUUCUACGAUACAUGCUGCUCGACCUGACAUCAAAUGCAUCGUUCAUAUAUCUACUCCGUCCGUUACCGCUAUUUCUUCUUUAAAAUGUGGUUUACUGCCAAUCGGACAAGAAAGUAUAGUUAUUGGUGAAGUUAGCACGCAUCAUUAUGUUGGCGGAAUGCUUGAUCCGGAAGAAAGAGAGAAAAUUACUAGAAAUCUUGGUCCUAUUAAUAAAGUAAUGCUUUUAACCAAUCGUGGUGCACUUUGUUGUGGUGAAACUGUCGAAGAAGCUUUUUACAAUGUAUACAACACUGUAUUGGCCUGUGAAACCCAGUUGAAACUUAUGCCAGCCGGUCUAGACAAUUUAAAUCUCAUUUCGGAAGAAUCGAAGAAAACAAUUUUCGAAGCAUCAAGGAAGCCUCCAAUUCCUCAACAUACUUCGGUACCAGAAUCUACAAUAAUAACGGAGAAAUUAGAAAAACGUUGGAGAAUAGGUGGAACAGAAUUUGAAGCACUUAUGAGGAUGCUCGAUAAUGCUGGUUUUCGUACAGGUUAUAUAUAUAGAAAUCCACUUGUAAAAGGAGAGCCUCCAAAACCACGAAACGAUGUGGAGGUACCACCAGCAGUUUCAUCUUUGGGAUAUUUACUCGAAGAGGAAGAAUUGUACAAGCAGGGGCUUUGGAAAGGUGGUCGUAAAGGUACAGAUAGGUCACGUUGGUUAAAUUCACCGAAUGUUUAUCAAAAGGUGGAGAUAUUGGAAACUGGUACUCCUGAUCCGAAGAAGAUUACAAAGUGGGUGUCCGAUGGAUCUCCGACCCAUAGCAGUACUCCGGUGAAGAUCGAUGGUGCUCUCCAGUUUGUACCUAAAAACACUAAUCCGAAAGAAUUCAAACAAAUCCAACAGCAGAUAAAAGACUAUCGUAGAGCAGAUAAAAUUUCGGCUGGACCACAGUCGCAUAUAUUGGAAGGUGUUACGUGGGAAGAAGCGAAAAAAAUGCAGGACGCUACGAUCAGUGGUACCGGAGAGCAAGUCGUUCUCGUAGGAGCAGCCAGUAAGGGUAUCAUACAAAGAGGAUUUCAACAUAAUGCAAUGGUUUACAAGACACCUUAUGCAAAGAAUCCAUUUGACGCCAUUACGGAUCAGGAAUUAGAUCAAUAUAAAAAGGAAGUAGAGCGCAAGCAGAAGGGUGAUCCUUAUGACGAAUCACAGUCGGAAUCGGAGGCAUUGUCAUCAUUUAACAUCAGUCGUGCAACACAUGAAUCUAGCACUGCCAAGAGUCCGAUUCAAUCACCGGUCUCUGUUACGUCUGAGACCGAGGAAGAGAGUAGGGACGAACCACGAGUUUUACGGAUAGAAACGAAACAAGUGCCUGCGCCCAGUCAGCCAGAAGUCGUUUUAAGUGACGCAUAUGCGACUACAGAGUUCCUCAAUGAAAUGCGACGUGCUGCGAUCGAAGCAGAAAGUGAUAUUAGCAGGCAAGAUUGUGCUCUAUCAAGCGGUUGCGGCAGCGAAUCCAGUGCUAGUGUUCGUUCAGGCUGGCGAUCUCCCGAGCUUCAUGAUAAUCCGCAUUUAAAGGUAGUUCGCAGUUCAGUCGUCGCAGAACGUAUGAAACCCAUCUUGAUCGAACGUUCGUGGAACGCGACGUGGAAGCCACUUAAGACAGUUAACGACGAGAGCAAUGGUAAACAAGUCGCAGAUACUCGUAACAACAAUGAAACGCGAUUAUUGAAGAAUUUUUUGACUCGUAUUAAAGCGAGACGCGAGUUCUUCGAUAAUUACGAGAAGAGAAUGCUGAACGGUGGGAACUGUGCGAUUCAAGGAAAAGAAAGGAACAAAUUUACUCGAGCAAAAUUUUUUGAUAAAUUUAUUAACAAUCGAAACGAUGAUAAUAGAUCUAAUGAUGUCACUCAAGGAUUACUUUAUAAUGUAUGUAAUCAUAAUGGUGAGAUCACAGAAAAUGGUACAGUAAUAAAGAAUGAUAGAACAUUAAAGAAUUUGAUAAACGAAAAAAUAUUAGACUCAUCUGGAUGUAAGAUGGAUGAUGAUCAAACGGAUUUAACUUGUCGCAAGAAUGAUACAAAAGGGAAGGAUAUAAUUUACACUAACGAAAAUAAAUUUUUCUGGGAGGAUGAUGACUGUCAAUGUGUAUCCUGUUUAUCAUUUUCAAAGAAGAAUAACGUGGUAUCGUACGAUCGUAAUCAUUGGGAUAAUCUAGGCGAUGUAAUAAAAUGUAUAAACGACAAAAUUUUGCCAUCUCGUGCUAGUUUGAACGCCUUACCAGUGACGGACGCAUCGGUGAAAUAUAAUUUGGAUUCGACGAACAUGAGCUUGAUCUAUAGUUUGACACCGUCGAAUGAUGUAUCAAUGAUGGUCGGUUAUGAUAGUAAUGACAACGUCGAUAACAUCGUUAAUAGACUAGCGAACGAUGAUGAUAAUCAAACGGAUGGAACGAUGAAACGAGUGAACGAAUCAAAUACUGCAUCGAAAUGUACAUCCAUGGAAAAUAUUCAUCAGGACGAUUCCACCGAUAAUUCGUUCAUUGAUUACAACGAAAAAUCAUCUAAUAAUGGAUCGGAUAUAUUAGAAUUGCCAACGGGUACGAUUCAGGAGUUGGAAGAUUUUCUUGGUGUAUCCUUUAACGAGGACAUGAACACUAGCGUUAAUCAAAUAAUAGCAGAACUCGAUGUUAAUCAAACAUACGUAGAGGCAACGAAUAUAGUGGAUGAGGUUAUCGAAGAGGCAUCUCGUAUUACAUUUAACAUAAACGUAUCCCCGAAGAAUACGAUUUCUACGGAAUCAAAUUUGAUCGUUAUCGAUGAGCUUGUACAUCACGUGAUUGAUCGGCACGACAAAGAAGAUAAAGUUUUUCUUUCGACUACGAGGAUUGAUCAUUUGGAUUAUAUUAAUGGAUCGAAAAUUUUACACGAGUCAAGUGACGACGUUAUUGAAACAAUUAAUAACAAUAAUAAUGAAGAAUGUUCGAUGAUAAAAUCAAUAGAUCUAAUGACUGAUACAUCGAUUACCGAUAAAACUUUAAUAAAGUGUACUUGUCUUGAACAUCGUUCCUUAGGGAAGUCAAAUGAAAAUGUUAAUGACUUUCAUAACAAAAAUGAUAUCGAUGAUAAUAUUCUUGAUAAAAUAGAAAAUAUUUACGAUGAAGACAUUGACGAAAAUCGUAACGUUAGAUUGAUAACGGCGGAAAAUCAUUCGAAAAAGGAGAUACCAUUGAACGAAGAAGUCGUUCUUGAAUUUUGCUCUAUAACCGAUCGAUCGAAGAACGACGUUUUAACGUUAAAUUUUCAAGUGGAGAGAUCCGAGUCGGAUUUAGAAAAUAAUUCAUUCAAGGAAAUAAUUAAUUUGCCGCGUAAACGUAAACACAGCGAGAUUGAACUUACGAACGAGGAAAGAAACAUUAAUGUCGAUUGUCAAACGAAUUUGAAAUUUUCAGAUCACGAUCAUCAUCAUCACUAUCAUCACCAUCAUCAUCAUCAUCAUCAUCAUCACAAUAAGAACAUCGAAGAUAUUACAGUUAACACGUAUGAGGUUAAAAGUACGAAACAAUAUAGAUCAAACAACGGAUGGAUCCUAACAAACAAUAAAACGACGAUGUUCAAUAAUGAGAGUGUAAACUCGAAUGAUAUUUUAUUUGAUGAUUCUCGAAAUGAUCAUCAAUAUCGUGAUUUAUCUCCAAUAACGGAAGAGAAUAGCAAUGAAUCGUUUAACGAGGAAAUUACCAGCAUUCUCGUAGAUACUUGUCCCGAGUGUUGCAUCGAUUGUUCAUUGGAAAGAUCGGAAAACAGGAACGAGAUAACAACAAUAACGACAACAGCAACAACAACAACAACAACAACAACAACAAUGACAACGUCAUUUGUUGAAAGGGAAAAUAUAAACAUCAGUGCCGGCGAGGAAUCAAUUAAAUCGAUGGAUUAUUAUACUUGCAAGGAUGAUAGUAGCGAAUACAAUACGUCCGACAGACCAUCAUCAUGUUCAAAUCCAUCAAAUUUCAACGAUUCGGCCGAUCGUGUAUCCAUUUCUUCUGAUGCUACGUAUAUUAUUUGUAACGAAUUUGAGUCACCCUCAGAAUCGCCAAUCUACAUUGAUUCUAAAAAUUGUUUUACGUCCGUCAAGGAUGACGACGUAUUAUCUACUAAUGACCUUCUUGAAACGACGGAAAAUGUUAAACCGAUGAACACUAAAUCAAUUAUUUUCUCUACGAAGAAUGAUGUCGAAGAACUCGCCUGUCUCGACGAAAUAAUUAAUCCGAAAAAUGAGAAUUUUCAAAAAGAUUCAUCAUUUUAUUUCGAUAAAAAUGAUAUUAAUGGAUCUCACGUGCUUCCACGAUACGAGGAUUCUUCUUUGUAUAGAUUGGUAUCAGGAAUGAAACUGAAUAGUAUCAAUUCUUUAAUCGAAUCCACCCACGACGAUCGUUCUCUCAUUUCGGAGCAAUGAGAAUUAUCUUGAGUUUAAUUUUUCAAAUUCUUUUUUUUUUUUUUUUUUUUCUCUUUCUCUUUUUCUAUUGUUCGCAUGACCACAAACAUUUUCCUGAUUGACGUUUCACUUUUACGGUUUAUCUUCACUUUCUAAUUUUUAUCGAUGAAAUGUCGUAAUAUUCUUUUUUUUUCACGAGAAAAAUAACGACAGAUUAGAAAUAUAGUUUUGAUACGUAUAGAGCGAUAAGAUAUAGAUAAAGCUCGGUAGUUAAGAAAAGAUAUCAAUUUGUUUAUUUACGUUUUCUAUAUUUCUUUCUUUUUCUUUUUUUUUUUGUUUUAUUGUUUUUGUUUUUUUUCUGUUUCUUCUCUCGUUUUUUGAUAGUUUAGCAUGAGUGUGUAACGGAGCACGUUUUUUUUUUUUUUUUUUUUUUUUAUGUUUUUCUAUCGCACAAAUGUACAUGCCAAUUAUUUCUUUUUCUUCUUAUUUUGUUUUUGUUUAUUUUUAUUAUUAUUCUUUUUUUUUAUUAUUUUUUUCAUUAUAUCAAAUUCAAGGAUCUCAAGUUAGUUAUAUUAAUGUACAUAGAUAUAUUUAAUUAGUACGGAGAUGCUUUAUGCGUCCUUGUUUUUAUGAUAAGAAUAAUAAAUUACGUUUAUGUUGUGUCUUAAAACAUUUACAUUGAUGAACAAUUUUGCUUAAGGAGUACUUACUUUUUUUUUCUUUUUUUUUCGUUUCUUGUCCCUUUUAGCGAAUUCCUGUGGUAUUUUUUGUAAUACAAGAUGGACAAAUAUGUUGUUGUACGUUUUGCAUGUUUCGUUACGAUUGUCCUUUUGCACAUAGUUUUGUUACACGCUUAGAAGGAUAAUUUGUCAUAUCUCAAUUUAAUUCGUUUUAUUGUCGACGAAUGUGUAAAUCGUCGAAACCAUGUGAGAUUUUCUUAAAUUCGAAUUUUCAGAGAUAACCGGAGGGAAAAAAAGAAAAAAAGAAAAAUAAGAAAAACAUUGCAAAAAGAAAAGAAAAUGUCAAAAAGUGUCAAAUAUUUAACCUGUUAACCGGAAAAUAUUUUCGAGGGAUAAUAUCGUUGAACGUGAAUUCCUAAAAUUUAUUUUUAUUAGAAAUAAAAUGAUUAAGAUGAAGAUUAGAAAACUUCGGAUAAAUUAAAUAUUCUUUUUUCCCUUUUUGUUAUAGCGAGUAUAUUCGUCAUGGGGGAAAAAAAAGUGAUUAUCAUUUAUUAUUUAAAUGGCUAUUAAAUAGCAUAAAAUAGUGAUUGUUCACAAUUAACGGGAAUCAAUAAGUUAUAAAAUGAAUAAUUUAGUUAUACAUGUGUAUAUGUAAUUUUUUUUUUUUUUUUUUUUAAUUGGAAUGAGAAACAAAUCGUAUUUUUUUUUUUACGAAGACAAAAGUUAAAUCUCAUCGCGAGAGAUUAACUAUUCGGUUAACAGGUUAACCCUUUGUAUCCGAACAUCUUUUUUUUUUUUUUUUUUUUUUUUUUUUUUUCUUUUUUAAUCCUUUUAUUUUAUUGUACAGUUGAAAAUUACAUAAUACAUACUUUUCUCGAAAAUCAUUUAAUUUGUUUUUAAUCGUAAUAAUAUUAUGAAAUGAAAAUUUUGAUUUUGCGUUGAAAUAAUGGCGUCAUUCUGGUAUUCUCUAAUGCAACAGAUUAAUAUAAUAGUUCACGUAAAUUUUCCUUGGUUUUUAAAUAAAACAGCAUAAGAUAUAUAGUGUUCAAAAUUUACUACAGAUAUUUAUAUUUGUAUAUAUAUAUAUAUUUUUUUUUUUUAAAUAUCUAAUAAAUUUUUUAUAUAUAUAUAUACAAUACACACACAUACACACACACACACACACACACACACACAGGUGUGUAUACGGGUAAUUAAUGUUCCUAAUUUGUUUCGAGAUUAUACUGCUUCUUUUUUUAUACGUACUACAUUAUAAUAUAUCCCAACGCUUCGAUCGAAAUAUACGUGCUACCUUAUCCUUUGCACGAUCCUUGGUGAAUCUACUCAAACAAAAAGAAAGAGAGUGAAAGGGGGAGAGGGAAAGAGGUUAAGGGUCACAACACAAUUUAUGGUAACGAGCUAUAUGAACACAAUCAUCUAAAAAAAAACAUCAAUUACUAUAACACUAUCCUGCAUAUUUGUAAGGAGAAAAUACCGUAAAUGGCGAUCACUCGGACGCCCAUCACAGUACAUUUUCUCAAAGUAGCAAGGAGACACUGCCACGAAGAAAAACUUACCGUUAAUAUGAAGAAGCGAACACGAAUUUUUUUUCCGAGCGAAGCACGAAUGCUAAAUAUUGUAAACCAAUAGGAAGGAAAGGAGCAUGGAAAGUGGAAGACAGGACGACCAAUAAUGUAAAUGAUUAGAGGCCAAGAAAGACAGAAAAAAAGAGAGAGAAAAAAAGAGAACGAUACAUAUACGUUGGAAUGAAAAAAAAAAAAACAAAAAAAAAAUUGAAAAGAAAAGAAAACAAAAUAGAAAAACAAAAAAAACAAUCAAAGCGGCCGAACAAUAAAUCACAGCAUCUUUCCAGGACACAAGACUGCCAUCGCAUUGUAUCUACGAUAAGGAAUCUAUAAUAGUACCGUUGUGUGUGUGUGUGUGACAUUUUUACGUUUUUAAUUUUUUAAACAUCGCACACCGAUGUAUUCUAUUAGCUAAUAUUUGAUUCCGUCUCUCCCCUAACCCAUUGAUAUAAUAUAUAUAUAUAUAUAUACGUGUGUAUACAUAUAUAUAUAUAUAUAUAUAUAUAUAGUUCAUCUUUAAAGGCCAUUUCGAAGGUGCAUUAAACAGGGAUCAGAAAGAUUUUUUCUUUUAAAACAAAAAGUAAAGAACAAACGAAGAAAAAAAAAGAGAGAAAGAGAGAAAAAGGAAAAGAAAAGAGAAAAAUAGAUUAAAAAGAAAAAAAUGGGAUAACAAUCGCGCGCGUACGCGUUCGCUAAGAAAGGGAGGGGAGAGGGUGGUAAGACGGUAACGAAUACCCCCUUCCUUCUUCGUCGUUAAGAAUCAAAUUAAUAUUUUCUCCCCCUCCCCCCUCCGUUAUUGUUUUAUUUUAUUUUAUUUUUUUUUCUUUUUUUUUUUUUUUUUUUUUUUCUUACGCUUGCGCAU